ACAAUAGGAUCUGUAGAAUCAUUGCCCAGUUAGACACACGAUCAUUAUAAAAAUCAAGCGUCUCAUUGACAAGCCAACAAACGCACAGUGUGACAAGCUCUCGCCAUCCAAGAAUCCCUCCCCUUCCUGACGACCUACCUGCCGAUCGCCACUACAAUCUCCGGCGAUCCGGCGGCCAUGGCCGCGCGAGGCGGCCUAGAGAACCCUCUCCUCGGCGGCGGCGCGGUUUCUUCUCCGGACAGUCGGCGCCGCCGUCCGUGCACCGCGCUCGCCAUCGCCGCCGCGGCGCUGCUCGCCCUGGCGGCGUGCGUCGUGCUGCACCUGAGCUCGGGCGGCGAUGAUCGGAGCAGGGUGGUGUCCGGCGGCGGCGGGGGUGUGAGACUGAGCCCGCACGAGGUGGAGGCCGGGGUGGGCGCGGUGGCGACGGACGACGGGCGGUGCUCGGAGGUGGGCGCCGCGGCGCUGCGCGCCGGCGGGCACGCGGUGGACGCGGCCGUGGCGGCGACGCUCUGCCUCGGCGUGGUGCACCCGAUGUCGAGCGGCGUCGGCGGCGGCGCGUUCAUCGUCGCCAGGGACGCCGCCUCCGGCGACGCCGUCGCCUUCGACGCCCGCGAGACCGCGCCGGCCGCGGCCACGCCGGACAUGUACGCGGGCAACCCGACCUCCAAGUACAAGGGCGCGCUCGCCAUGGGCAUCCCCGGCGAGCUCGCCGGCCUCCACGCCGCGUGGUCCCGCUACGGCAGGCUGCCGUGGAAGGACCUCUUCGCGCCGGCGAUCAAGCUGGCGCGCGACGGCUUCACGGUGGUGCCGUACCUCGAGAUCGCGCUCAAGAAGACGGAGCGCGACGUGCUCGCGGACCCGGGCCUCCGCGCCGUGCUGGCGCCGGAGGGGAGGAUCCUCGCCGCCGGCGAGGUGUGCCGCAACCCGGCGCUCGCCGACACGCUCGAGGCCAUCGCCAGCGGCGGCGUCGAGGCGUUCUACGGCGGCGCCGUCGGCGAGAGGUUCGUCGCCGACGUGCGGCGCGCCGGCGGCAUCGCGAAGGUGGACGACCUGAGGGCGUACAAGGUCGAGGUGAGCGACGCCAUGCGCUCCGACGCCAUGGGCUACACCUUCCUCGGCAUGCCGCCGCCGUCCAGCGGCGGCGUCGGGGUGGCUCUGAUUUUGAACAUCUUGAGCGGAUACAAAUCACUCGAGUUCUUGAAAGGAUUUCUUGGCUUGCACCGGUUCAUCGAGGCGUUCAAGCACAUGCUGGCCAUCCGGAUGGAUCUCGGCGACCCUGACUACGUCAACAUCACCGGCAACGUCUCGGAGAUGCUCUCGCCGGCGUUCGCCGACAAACUCCGGCAGAGGAUCGUCGACAACACCACGUUCCCUCCCAGCUACUACUUCCCAAAAUGGAGCCAGCUGGAUGACCACGGGACGAGCCACCUGUGCGUCGUCGACGGCGACCGGAACGCGGUGGCGAUGACGACCACGGAGAACCACCUCUUCGGGGCGCACCUGCUGUCGCCGUCGACGGGCAUCGUGGUGAACAACCAGAUGGACGACUUCUCCGUGCCGGCGGAGGGGACGCCGCCGCCGGACAACCUCCCGCCGGCGCCGGCGAACUUCAUCGCUCCGGGCAAACGGCCGCUCUCCUCCAUGACGCCGACGAUCAUUCUCAAGGACGGACAGCUCGCCGGCGUCGUCGGCGGCAGCGGCGGGCCGUUCAUCAUAGCGACGGUGGUCCAGGUGUUCGUGAACCACUUCAUCGUCGGCAUGCACCCGCUCGCCGCCGUCCUGAAUCCCAGGGUCUACCACAAGCUGGUGCCAAAUGAGGUGGUGUACGAGAACGUGACGGUGGUCGACGGCGAGGUGUUCGAGCUCAGCGGCGAGGCGAGGGAGUUCCUGCGGCGGAGGGGCCACCGGCUGACGAGCACGGACUCCGGCGCCGUCUGCCAGUUCAUCGUGCAGGACUUGCUGACGCCGGUCGCCGCCGCCGGCGACGAGAAUGUCUUCCACGGGAUGCUCACCGCCGUCAGCGACCCGAGGAAAGACGGGAGACCUGCCGGGAUGUGAUGACGCAUGCAUGACGUGUCACGGCGCCUAUUAGGCCUCCUUUUAAACCACCGAAAAUUCUCACAAGAUUCAUGUGAAAAAGUGAACAUGUUUAUAUGAAAAAUUCUGCAAAAAAAUUGUAUGAUUUGAAUUGAGUGAAGAGUGACCGAUCCGAGCUGGUGCAGAAGA